AUGCUGCUCGAAGACCAACGUGUCCUCCACGAGGAUCUCGAGCGUCUUGAGCAAGCCGUGACCGAACGAGUAGCAGAAGAUCCCAGGAACAUCAAAGAUAGGUUAAACCGGGACCACCAAAUCGAUGGCUUCCUUGUUCGCAUACAGGAACAGUCGAAGCGGCUACUUGACAUCUAUCGUGAUGCGGAGGGACUGAGAGCCAAGGAGGUACAGAUUCUUUCAACAGGCGACCCAUUCGAUGAGUUCUACAAAGAGUUUGAACAGGUCAGAGAACACCACAGACAAUACCCGAACGAGCCAGUCGAGAAUCUGGAGCGAGCGUACAAGCGGCGGCGGCCCGACGAAGGCGAACCGAUUGUGUCCGAGAUCGACAACAUGUUCACUGGCGAAGAGGGAAAUGGCCGUUUUCUCGACUUGACCACUCUCCACGAAGACUAUCUUAAUCUUCCAGGCGUCAAGCGUCUUACAUACCUGCAGUACCUCGACAAUUUCGACGCUUUCGAACCGCCGCGGUUGCCGAUCAAGAGACAGAACAAAGUCACCGACACCUACCUGAAAUACGUGACUGACCUCGAUGCUUACCUCGAGACUUUCGUGCGCCGAACACGACCCCUCGAUGACCUUCAGGCCCUCUUCCUCCGACUGUCGCGCGAGUUCGAAACGGCGUGGGACAAGCAUGAAGUUCCCGGCUGGCCCAAGGAAGAAUCAGCACAAUCCACGGCCGCUAAUGGGCCACAAACCGAAGGUACCGGCACUGGAAUCUGGUGCACAGCCUGCGAGAAAGACUUUGCAAAUCCGAAUGUCUACAAAGCCCACUUGACCGGCAAAAAGCACAUUCGAAACGCCGAAGCCAAACAAUCCACCACAUCAAACGGCGUCGAUCCCGUCCUCCCCUCCACCACCAACCUCAAACAACGCAUCAUCGCUUCCCACGAGCACCGCAUCCGCGCACUCGCUGACCUCCUCUCUACCGAGCGCAGCAAUACCCGUGUCAACGUUGAGCGCAAGCAAGGCAUGACGGAGCGAGAACGACAGGUCGAGCUUGACGCUCUCUUCGCUGAAGAUGACGCCGCCAUCUACGAAUCCUACAAUCGCGAUCUCAACGGCGCCAAUGGCGACAGAGGCUCCGACGCCGGCGAUGGCAACGACUCCGAUGGCGAGCGCAUCUACAACCCGCUUAAGUUGCCUCUCGCAUGGGACGGCAAACCUAUACCUUACUGGCUGUACAAGCUGCACGGCUUAGGCGUCGAGUUCACAUGCGAGAUAUGCGGGAAUUUCGUGUAUAUGGGCAGGCGGGCGUUUGACAAGCAUUUCUCGGAGACACGGCAUACCUAUAGACUGAAAUGUCUGGGGAUCACGAACACGAGCGGAAGUGGCGGGGUGAAUCUGUUCCGGGAAAUCACAAUGAUCGCGGAUGCAGUGGCGUUGUGGGAGAAGCUGAAGCGGGAGCGUAGGGAGAAGGAGAGUCGUGAAGGUGAGGUCGUGCAGAUGGAGGACGGGGAGGGCAAUGUCAUGCCUGAGCGGAUCUAUCUGGAUCUGCAGAAGCAGGGCAUCCUGUAG